GAUUCGCGGUUUUUUUUAAAACUGCAAAGUCAGAUGGGUAAACUAGGGUUCAGUCUCUCUAGGCUUUAUUUUGAACGCCUAGCACAAUUUAUUCAAGAUGGCUGCUUCGAAAAAGAAGAUAGCAAGUAGUUUUCCUCGCUUUUCACAUCAACUAAAGCACUUUCUAUGGAUGAUAUUGCACUUGUGUAGACGUCAUUUGUGCCAUAGUUUAAAUCUUAAAAACCGAGCCUGUAUCGAGAGGAAUUUAUCAAAAUAUUUUGCUGAGCAAUGGUCUGUUAUUUCAACUCGUGAAAUACAUAUGCGGCAAGUACUGUACCAUUGCCAUGGCAGCCGCCAAUGUCGUUCUGGGUCACUACGAAGUCAAUUGGCAAGACAAGUUAGGACAGGGAGGGUUUGGAAUCGUGUUUCGAGGGACGGACACACGACGAGGCAUAGAGGUGGCCGUAAAGCAAAUGGAGCUGAAGAAGGACAAAAUUGGAAGUGAUGCAAUGACAGAAAUCAAGAACUUGCAGAAACUCCCGUCCCACCCCCACAUAGUCAAGUUUUUCGACUCGUUUUUCCAAGCCAAUUCGUUCUGGAUGGUGAUGGAGUUUUGCAACUUUGGCAAUCUAAAGCAGUACUUUGACAAGUACAAGCCCAUAGACUUUGUAACCAAGGUUGAAUUCAUGCAACAGGCAGCUAGUGCCAUCCGUCACUUGCAUGGGCUGCCUGUUCCGAUUAUACACAGAGACUUGAAGCCAGCUAACAUCAUGUUGCAUUAUACGGGCGACAAACCAGUCAUUAAAGUGACUGACUUUGGCUUAGCCAAAGUUGCCGAAGACAAGGAAGAGAAGGCAGACAUGGCAAACAGCUACAUGAUGUCGACCUUUGCAGGAACACCGGUAUUCAUGGCCCCAGAAUUUUUUAUGGAGCAGAUGUAUACAUCCUCUGUAGAUGUGUUUGCGCUUGGUCUAGUGUACUUAGGCAUGCUUAACUAUGAUAAGAUCGGCGACAUUUUACCUUUGUCUGACUUUAAAAUGCCAUUAGGAAUGGUGAUAGCACACGCGUUGCAAACAGGAUCUUCUCCACCAAAACUCGUAGAGAUAAAACCGAGCGAUAGUAAAGAGACGAAAGAAGUAAAAGAAGUUAUCGAAAAAAUGUUGAUGGCUAAGAAAGAAGAUCGUAUGAAAAUUCAAGAAGUUAGCACCGCAUUGAACAAUAUUUUCGAUAAACGUAAGGACCGUCUUCCUGGCUACCCUUUGCUGAGGCAGGCUGGUGGUCAAAAGUUAGAGUUAUCAACUGGCAGCAUGGCAACCCCACAGAUACGGAGUUUACCGACAUCCCUUACGAUGGAAAAUAAAGCACACAACAUACGUAAAAUCGACGUUGGCAGCAAGACAAUUUGGUCUUCUCCUGGUAAAGAAAAGAUUCUUAUGCUUGUUGGAGCUACUGGCGCAGGGAAGAGCACUUUGAUUAAUGGACUGGUUAACUACAUCAUGGGGGUACGUUACGAAGAUGAUCAUCGAUACAAACUAAUUGGCGAUGAAGGCUCAGGUUCACAGGCUCACAUCCAAACAAAGUGGAUCACAGCCUAUACUAUCCACAAGCAAGACAACCAGGGGAAGUUACCAUUCACGUUGACCAUUAUCGACACUCCUGGCUUUGGUGACACAGAGGGUCUGCAAAGAGAUAGGAAGAUAACCAAUCAGAUCAGAGAGUUCUUCUCCCUCAAGGGACCCCAAGGUAUUGAUCAUCUUGAUGGUAUUGGUUUUGUUGUCAAAGCUCCUGAGGCCAGACUAACUCCAACCCAGAGAUACAUAUUUGACUCCAUACUCGGCAUGUUUGGAAAAGAUAUUGGUCAGAAUAUCUUUAUAAUGGUGACAUUUGCAUAUGGUAACAAAGCCCCAGUGCUUGCUGCCAUCAAGGAGGCAAAGUUUGAGUUUCAAAAAAGCUUCAAGUUUAACAACUCUGCGCUCUUUAGUGAAGUUGAGAAAGAGGAUAAGGAGGAAGAGGACGAGGAUGAGGAUGAAGAAGCCAGCAAUAACAUGACCUUUAAUUCAAUGUACUGGAAAAUGGGAGAAAAAAGCUACAAGGAUUUCUUCAGAACAUUUGGCAAGGCACAGAGUGUAAGCCUGCAACUGAUAAGGGAGCUUCUUGAGGAAAGGGAACAUCUAGAACACGUCAUUCAACGUCUUCAGCAGAACAUCCGAGCUGGGUUGGACAAAGCUGACGAGUUACGCCAGGCGGAGAGAGUCAUAAAAGUACACGAGAAGGACAUGCUGAUAAACAAAGAUUUCAGAUACAAAGCUGACGUGACUAAACAACGUAAAGUUGAUCUGCCAAGAGGUGAAUAUGUCACUAACUGUCUCAGAUGUCAGAUGACAUGCCACUAUCCUUGUGGUAUUCCUAGAGAUGAAGAUAAAGCUGGCUGCGCUGCAAUGGGAAGCAACGGUCAGUGCAAUAUUUGUCCAGAGAAAUGCUAUUGGAAUAACCACGUCAACAACGCUUAUAGAUUCGAGCUCUACCAGGAAACAGAAACAAUAACCUCAGAAGAGCUCAAAAACCGAUAUUACGAAGCAGCAAGCAAGAAGACAGCAACAGAAAAGGUCAUUGCAGGCUUGAAAGAAGACCUCCAAAAUCUGUACCUCACCGUAUUUGGUAUGCUCAG